AUGGAACAAUUGAUUCAAGUAAUUGGAGCCACUCAAAACCCAGCACUCAGACAACAAGCUGAGGCACAACUAACAUCAUUUCAAAACACCGAUUUCUCUCAAUAUAUCGUAUCAUUAAUUCAAAUAUUAUCUACAGCAACUCUCCCAACUAAUAUCCGACAAUCAGCUGGUAUUUUAUUCAAAAAUUUAUUCCCAAUCAAAGGUUCUCAUAAAACACAAUCUUUAAAAAUGUGGAACGAAAUUAGUAAUGACACAAAAAUGGUAAUAAGAAAGACUGUAUGUGCUUUACUCUCAGAACAAGAUAAUAAUAUUAUUCUUAUUGGUGGAAAUAUUAUUUCUAAUUUAGCAAAUCUUGAUUUACCUCAAGGACAAUGGCCUGAGUUAAUGCCAUUUUUAUUAACUGAUAGUAAUGUUGCCAAGUUAAAAACAAUUGGUUUUAUUACUGAAGAUAUUCCAUUCAUUCCAUUUGCCCCUUUUAUUGAACAAGUAGAAAAUCUUUGUAUUUCAUCAUUAACUAAAAGUUUUGACUAUUGUAUAUCAGCAUUAACUAUUUUUGAAAAUAUGAUCUCUUUUGAAAAAGUUAUGUCUAACCCAACAGAACGUAAAAAGAUUCUCGAAGUUCUCCUUACUGCAGUAAAACAUAACCAUCCUGCAAUUAAGACAAAAGGAUUCCAAGCAAUUUCCACUUUUACUGAAUUAUAUAUUGAAUAUUUCUCAGAAAUAUGUAAGACUAUUAUGGAAGUUACUUCUGAAAUUUUAAAGCAACCAAUGAAUGUUGAAAUAGAAGAUUUACAAAAAACUGUUCUUCAUCUUUGGAGAACUGUUGCUUCUAAUGAACGUAGAUAUAAUGAUCACUAUCCAAAUAAUCCUCCAUUAAAGAUAGUUGUUAGUGUUAUUGAUGAAUUAAAGAAUCUUAUCAUUCAUAUAAUUUCAUUUGUUGAUGACCCAAAUGAUGAUAUUGAUGAGAAUGAUUUAUCAUUUAUUGCUCAAGACACACUCUAUGAUUUAAGUGUAAGUGUUGGGUCUGGAUUACUUAUUUCAUUGUCUCCUCAAAUUCUUUCAUUAUACACUAACCCAGAUUGGAAAAUUAGAUUCCAAGCUCUUAGUACCUUUGCUUGUUUGGUUGUUCCAAAUGAUGACCCAAUCACUCUUUUACGUCAACACGUUAAUCAAAUUGUUAACUUAUUUAAUGACCCUGUUCCAUUAAAUAGAACCACUGUGAUUUAUUGUAUUAUUAAAUGUAUUAAACAUUAUCCAAAGAUGUUUGAUGAUUUCCUUAAAAUUCAUGCUUCUAAUAUAUUUUCUAUGUUCAAAGAUUGUCCUAUAGUAAAGAAAGCUGUUAGUUCAUUCUUUUCAACGAUUUGUGAUCCUCAAACUGGUGUUAACUGUAACUUGUUUUUAAAUGGAGAUGCUGUUACUUCUAUUAUCAGAACAUUCCUUGAUGAAUCUAUGAGAAAUACAUCUAUUUCUGAAUGUACCUCUUAUUUAACUGCUUCAGGAAAUGUUGUAAGGGGUUGUUGUUCUGGUGAAAUGGCAAUUACAAUUAUUCGUUUUAUUUUAAGUGAUUGUAUGUCAACACAAUUAUUUAAUUCAUCAGAUCUUUUAGGUUAUUCUAUCUUAUUCUUAGAUAGUUGUGUAAGUGCAACAAAGAAUGGAACAUCAGGAAAUGAAGUAAUUUCAACAUUGCUUUCAAAUAAGCCAAUUUGUGAUUCAUUAUUUGGUAUUGCAAUUAAAGCAUUUCCAAUGACACCAGAACCAUCAUUGAUGUUAAUAGGGUCAAUGUGUUAUUCACUUGAAGCAAGUUUUGCACCAUAUUGUCUUCCAUUAAUUCCAAAAACGGUAGAAUGGUUAAAUAGUGAAUUACCACCAAACAUAUACAAAUUGUUAUGUGAACUUGUAGGUGAUAUUAGUAUAACAAUACAAAAAGAGUUUGAACAAUAUGCAAGUAACUAUUUAGAAUUAAUUCUUAGAAUAUUUAAAAAGCCAUAUUUAACAUUUGGGGAUAAAACAGGUAUUAUUCAAGUAAUUGGAGAUAUCAUAGCAACAUGUCCUAAAGAAAGUCAAAUAGGGGUUCCAACAGUUGUAGAAAUAUUAAGUGGAGUUAAUACAGUACAAAGUGAAGAAGAUGAAGAAAUAAUUAGAGCAGUGAGUGAACUUAGAACAGCAGCAUUU